AGCCGUAGUAUAGAUACGAUUGAGCGGAUGCAACCAACGCCAUUUCAACACCUCUUCCACUUCACUUCAUCCAUCCCUCUCCCUCUCUCUCUCUCUCUCUCUCUCUCUCUCUCUCUCUCUACUACAGAUCACCACCCCUCCCUCCACCGGACCACCCACACCACCCCCAUGGCCGAAACCCCAAUCCGGUUCGGCAUCCUCGGCUGCGCCGACAUAGCCCGAAAACUAUCACGAGCCAUAACCCUCGCCCCCAACGCCGCCCUCCACGCCGUCGGCAGCCGCUCCCUCGACAAGGCAGCCAAAUUCGCCGCCGUCAACGGCUUCCCCCCCUCCGCCAGGAUCUACGGCAGCUACGAUGCCGUCCUCGACGACCCCGACGUGGACGCCGUCUACGUCCCGCUCCCCACCAGCCUCCGCGUCACGUGGGCGGUCUUGGCGGCGGAGAAGAAGAAGCACGUCCUCUUGGAGAAGCCCGUGGCGUUCAACGUGUCGGAGUUUGAUCGGAUUGCGGAGGCGUGUGAAUCCAAUGGGGUGCAGCUCAUGGACGCUACCAUGUGGAUGCAUCAUCCCAGGACUGUUAAGAUGAACGAGUUUCUGUCCGAUUCGAAGCUGUUUGGCCAACUCAAAUCGAUAUGUAUGUCCAAAUGCUCGGUACUGUUGAAUUUUUCACUGAUUAUUUUAUUUGAUUAAGGAGAAAUAUUGUGACUGUUUUGAGGAUGAGGAAAUUGAUUUUUGAACUCUACUUUUUAUUGAUGGCAUUCCAAUUUUAACGUGAAGUUAUUAGUAACUUCAUAAAUAAAAUGGAGCGUUAUCAGUAAAAACUAGAACGCGAAUAUCAAUUUUUCUUUGAGAAUCUGGGUCAUCUUAUUUGACUGAACCAGAAAGGAGAUUACUCAAAUAGGGGCGGAGUCAAGAUUUUCGAUAAGUAGGGUCGAAAAUUUGAAUUAUGUAUGAUUCACUUUUUCUAGUUGCUAUUUGAACGGAACAAUCAAAUUAACAAGUUAAUAAAAAGUAGAUAUAUAUUAAUAACAAGAACAAUGAAACGUAAUUCACGUUUUGGGAAUUUUUGUAGUGGAAAUUCUAUUUUGACUUAUCUUUUUUCUAAGUACAAAACUCUUAUAUAUGGGUUAGAGCAAAAAUGAAUUUUAAAAAGGGGUCAAAUGAGUAAAAAUUAGGUAAAAAUUAUACCAAAUUUUAAAAAAAAUUAAAAGGCAGCGGGAUCGGCUGCCCCCUUGACUUUUAAUGCCUCCGCCCAUGUACUCAAAGUUUAUAUGAGGGGGCCCGGACAACCUCGCCUGAGUCGACAAAAAAAAGAGAGGAAAUUAUAAUGGUCAGGAUCGAAACAAACGUUCAGAAUUUUGAUACUCCUUGAUUACUCUUCAAACAAAUAGAAUUUCUUGUUUUAUGUAUCUGGUUGAUUUGACUUUUUAGUGAAUGGUUUAAAAUCAUUUCUAAAAUGAAUGAUUCCGAGUCUCCGGCCGUCCAGGGUGGUAGCAGUCGCAUUCUCCUCACGCCAUAUGGUGGAUCUCUCUAAUCUGAUUGAUGAAAUCUUAAAAUCACGGCAUCGCAUUAUAGAUUUUCCCAUACUAAUAAAAAGACUGCAGCAUUUCCUGAGCUUUGUUAAAUUUUCCGACAUGACACGAGAACACGACACGAAGUUAGCGGAUUAGAGUUAGCUAUUUCUGACACAGAACACGAAUAUGACACGAUACGAUAACACGAAAAGAUUAACAGGUCGGGUUAGGAUUGAGAGAAUUCUAACACGAAUACGACACGGGAAUUUAUGGAAGAACACUAUAAUACGACACGAAGUUAGUGGGUUAAGGUCGGCUAUUUCUGACACGAAAUAUAAAUAUGACACGACGCGAUAACACAAAAAGUUAAACAGGUCGGAUUACGGUUGAAAGAAUUCUGAUACAAACACAAGAUAAUACGACAUGACACGACACGAUUCCCACCUCUACCCAUGGCAUGAUCCUACUUAGACCUGGGUAACAAGUCGUGUCGGAUCGUGUUCGUGUCGUGUCAGUCGGGUUCGUGUCACAAACUGUUAGAAUCCUUCCAUAUUGGGCAUGAUUUGAUUCUUUGUAUCGUAACGGAUUCUUAGGAGUUAGGAUAGUUUAUAAUCUUUGAUUCUUAGGAAAUCAAUCCCACCAAUCAUGGGAUUGAACCAAUCACC